CCAUCUCCGCGCAGCAGCCACGUCGAUGUGUCAGCCAACACAGCACGGUAUCUUCACGAUCUAGUACCCCGAUACACGACAUCGAUUUGCGCGCCUUUUCUGACCUAUCCAGUGUUGGCAGCCAUACAUGGCCAACACGUAGUACGAAAAUAGCGGCAUGUGGUGUGACGCUAGACCAGAUCCAACGAUGCUUACACACGCUUACAUUGCGCCGGUGACUUCAAUGUCGCACUCUCCGUGCGGUCAAUGGCAAGGUCGCGGCUUAUCAUCUACGGAGUAUAAUGUAGUGUGUGGAACGCUCAGUCAAAGGUUCAAGUGCAAUUACAUAGCAAUCUCGACAAGAUGGUGAACGUCACCAAUGCCAAUGGCAUCACCGGCGCCAACUUCGACGUAUUCGGCACCAAUCGCGUGCUUCCUCGGGCAAUGACAGCAUUUACAGCUAUCGCGUGGUACAACUCAAUCGAGCUACUCAUCCUCAUCUUUGUCAUAUUCAGACGAUACACUGGUCUAUACUUCUGGAGUUUGAUAGUUAAUACGAUCAGCAUUGUGCCGUAUGCGACAGGGGCAUGGAUGAAACAAAACAGCGUUGCGCAUGACCCUCGCAUUUACAAUACGCUCCUUACGCUCGGAUGGAUAUUGAUGGUUCCCGGACAAUCCAUGGUUCUGUACUCGCGCCUACACUUGAUAUCGCCGAACCUCAGGCUUCUGCGACUCAUCUUUUGGAUCAUCAUUGUUUCAGCAAUAUGCCUUUGUAUACCGACGGUAGUCCUGAAUCUACGGUUAUUCACCAACCACCCAGAGCGAUAUCUCCGCGGCUACAUGGUCAUGGAGAAAAUACAAAUGACUCUCUUCACCAUCCAGGAGAUCUCGAUAACAUGCAUCUACCUGUGGGAAACCCGCAAGCUCAUGCGCGUUAUUUUUGACGGAAAGGCUAGAAAGUGGAUGUGGCAGCUCGUCGCAAUGAGCAUACUCCUGCUUAUACUGGAUAUCGCGUUACUUACGACGGAAUUUUUGAAUCUUUACAUGAUACAGACGACCUUCAAAUCACUUGUUUACAGCUUCAAACUGAAGAUCGAGUUCGCAGUACUCAGUCAGAUCGUGCGCGUCAUCCAAGAUCGUGCGCAUUCUAGCCGCUCGGCCGUAACGCACCCGUCGGAUUUGGAGCGCCAGAUCAACACCCGAAAACCAACGUCCAGUCAGGUGUCAGAGGUGGAGAGCUUGCAACGCAACGUACCACUUGAAUGGCGCUUGUCAAGGGAGGCCACAUCUUUUGUUUCGCCAGUCGCUCUCACUAUGGCGAAGAGAGAAGAUAUCAAAAGCGCUAGGUGCAGCGUCGUGUCUAUAGACGCGAUGUACCCUGGGAUAUUGGGAUGAUAGCGCGAUAGGCAUUCUUUAGUCGAGUGAACGAUGGAGGUUGACACGUCAACGGCGGAAACAACCUGCUACACUGGAGCGACGUGAG